AUGGCCCCGUCACCCGUCCCUCAUCAUCAUGAUAACCCCGUCAUCCGCUCCUUAUCACCAUCAUGGCCCCGUCAUCCGCUCCUCAUCACCAUCAUGGCCCCGGCAUCCGCUCCUCAUCACCAUCAUGGCCCCGUCAUCCGCUCUUCAUCACCAUCAUGGCCCCGUCACCUGUCCCUCAUCAUCAUCAUAACCCCGUCAUCCGCUCCUCAUCACCAUCAUAACCCCGUCAACCCUCCUCAUCACCAUCAUGGCCCCGUCACCGUCCCUCAUCAUCAUCAUAACCCCGUCUUCCGCCACACAUCACCAUCAUGGCCCCGUCACCCGUCCCUCAUCACCAUCAUGGUCCCGUCACCCGUCCCUCAUCACCAUCAUGGCCCCGUCAUCCGCUCUUCAUCACCAUCUUGUCCCCUUCAUCCGUCCCUCAUCAUCAUCAUAACCCCGUCAUCCGUCCCUCAUCACCAUAGUGGCCCCGUCAUCCGCUCCUCAUCACCAUCAUGGCCCCAUCAUCCGCUUCUCAUCACCAUCAUGGCCCCGUCAUCCGCUCCUCAUCACCAUCAUUGCCCCGUUUUUCGCUCCUCAUCACCAUCAUGGCCCCGUCAUCCGCUCUUCAUCACCAUCACGUCCCCGUUACCCGUCCCUCAUCAUCAUCUUAACCCCGUCAUCCGCUCGUCAUCACCAUCAUGGCCCUGUCAUCCGCUCCUCAUCACCAUCAUGGCCCUGUCACCCGCUCCUCAUCACCAUCAUGGCCCCGUCACCCGCUCCUCAUCACCAUCAUGGCCCCGUCAUCCGCUCCUCAUCACCAUCAUGGCCCUGUCAUCCGCUCCUCAUCACAAUCAUGGCCCCGUCAUCCGCUCCUCAUCACCAUCAUGGCCCUGUCAUCCGCUCCUCAUCACCAUCAUGGCCCUGUCAUCCGCUCCUCCUCAUCAUCAUCAUCAUCAUAACCCUGUCAUCCCCUCCUCAUCACGAUCAUGGCCCCGUCCUCCGCUCCUCAUCACCUUCAUGGCCCCGUCACCUGUGGGGACCCGGGUUAGCAUAUAG